AUGCCGGUUCUACGCAAUGCUGACCAUCCCGCCUCCAAAGCGACGGACUCUAUAGCAGCACGUUACUUCGUUGCUGUGCUUGGGGCUUGGGCUGCUGAAGCUGCGACAUAUCCAUUCGACCUGACAAAGACAAGACUUCAAAUACAAUCUGAAGUGGCUGCUGCAAAACAUGGAUAUAAGCUAGAAAACCAUGGAAUGAUAAAAACGGCCGUCGGCAUAGCGAAACAGGAGGGCGUGUUGAAGUUAUGGACCGGCCUGAUGCCGAUGUUCCAAAGACACGCUAUUUACUCUGGAAGCCGGUUGAUAUUCUACGAAUAUUUCCGAAGCUAUUUCAAGGAUGAGAAGGGAAAGGUUUCGCUUGGUGCGGCAUCUGUGGGUGGAUUGGCUGCUGGGUCACUGGCGCAGUUGAUCGCGUCUCCAACAGACCUGGUGAAGGUUCAAAUGCAAGCGGAAGGCAGGAGACUGCUGCAAGGGAAACCGCCGAGGUUCUCAAACUGUCGCCAGGUGUAUCUGAUGCUGUACACUGAAGGUGGAAUUAGGGGGUUUUGGAGAGGCGCUGUUCCAAACGUUCAAAGAGCAGCCCUGGUGAACAUGGGCGACCUAGCAGCAUACGACUUCACGAAGCAGUACCUCAUCAGGGAGUUUGGAUUUGCGGAUACAGCGUUAGUGCAUGGUGCUGCUGCCUUCAGCGCUGGUUUCGUUGCUGCUGUGAUGGGCACUCCAGCUGAUGUACUGAAGACUAGGCUAAUGAACCAACCCGUUGGGCCUGAUGGAAGGGGUACGUUGUAUCGCGGCAUGAUCGAUUGUCUACAGCAGUCGGUCCGGAACGAGGGGAUACUGUCCCUAUACAAAGGGUUCCUGCCUCUGUGGAUGCGGCUGGGCCCUUGGGCUCUUAUCAAUUGGAUCGCGUUUGAAAACAUCAUGCUGGCUAUAGGGGGACAUACGUUUUAG